UUAUGUUAACAUUAAAUAAAAAUUCUAGAGUCUGUCGGAAAUUUUUAAUAAAUAAGCAAAGUUUUGGUGACAACUUGGCAUGUGCACCCUGUAGAUUUGCUGCGAAUCUGCGGCCCAUCCUUAGGCACGAUACUGACAGUGAGGUCUCUCCGCUCUCAAGCUGCUAAACCUUACUUCCCUAAGGCUGAUGUUUUAAAGAUGAAUAUGAUCUAUUUUUGAACGGAACUUCCUGAGUCUUUUUGAGUUGAUCCUUUGCGUUAGUCGUCGGACGGGAAUGGAAGCGAUUCAAGCGAUGACAGGCAGUAGCAGCCGCUGUUACACUGUUGGCGACUUGAUAAUGUCCUGUGAGCCGUUGGUGUGGAUAUUGGAGAGCAGCGCUUACAAGAUACGCUGCGCUUAUUGCCUCCAGAAAAACCAGGAGUUGCGUACAUGUUCAGGAUGCCAUCUGCAUCGCUACUGUAAUCCGGUCUGUCAGGCCGCUGAUUGGAAAGUGGAGCACAAAUUCGAAUGUGCCUUGCUGAAGACAAUCGGUACGGGAAUGCGCCUAGGAACAGAACGCUGGUCUUUGAGGCAAACGGUCUCGGGCCACUAUGCCGUUCCUACGGAGAUGAUCGCCAAGUUGGCCAAUAAAAUCAAAUUAAACACGAUGAUGGACAUUCCGGGCAUCGGUCGGGCAUCUGCUAAGGACCUUCUGCUUAUGCUGCCGGAAAAUCCUUCGCAAGCGGAAGUCGAACUGGAACUGCAGCCGGCACUGUCCGCCAUGGAAGCUCAAAAUUCCCUGGUAGUUGGCUUACCAGCAGCAGAGUUUCUGGCGUAUUACGGGAUCCUGCGCUACAACAUUCUACCCAUUUACGAUACGUUUCAUAUCCCCACCAUCCCGAUCGGCCUAGCCGUGUAUCCGCAGGCGCCGCCGCGAUGGAUGACACCGGUGUGCUGGGACAUUAAUGUGGUUCUUAACUGCCGCGGACGCCGGCUGGUUAUACAUGCCGUUGAAGUUAUUCAGGAAUACACCGGACUUGCAGAUUUACGAUACAGCGACAUGGCCCGGGAACCAUUCUGUCUGACACGAACAGCACGUCGCGAUAAAUUUGAAAAACGUUUUGGCUAUCCAUGUGCUUGUCGGCGAUGUACGGAAGAAUAUGACGCUGAGAUUAAUCCGUUACGCUGCGUAACGGUGGGGUGCACGAAUCGCAUUCCCAGCGACAGUCGUGCGCAGAAAGCCUGCUCAGAAUGUGGUGCCAUCAAUAGUGACCGGCUGAAGCAGUUCCGUGGUUUUAUCCAGCUGCACGAGAACAUUAUGUCGCGUUACUCCUUAAAGCUUCCGGGGGGUAUCUUCAUGGAGUUCUGUAAAGAAAUAGACGCUGCUGGUAUUCUGCAGCCGGAUGCACAUAUCCGCUACGUCUACGGUUGGGAACUGGCUCACAAAUACUGUCUUGAGGACCGCUUUGAAGAAGGCUGGCAGAUGCUGCAGGAGAUGGUUGCUUGUAUCCGGAAGAUACACCUAAAGUAUGCGGUUAUGCGAGCUAUCAUACUGAUGUCUGCGGGGAAAUCCGCCGUUAUAGGAAUGCAUCGGCGCGUGCUGAAUGACUUGCAGCUGGUGUCGAGUCCGGCGAAAGAGAAGCUGGAAACAUUAGCCCUGCAAGUGUGCCAUCACGCCUUCGAAUAUUAUGACGAAGCCAAGGAUAUCUUGGCUGUGCUGUUUGGGAAGAAAUCAAAGGAGGUUCUGACCGGUCACGUUAUGUUUGAGCCGGUGGCGGAAAAAAUACGCGUCAUGGAGCAGGCUUUCCGCGGCAGCAAGUAAUGGGUUUAAUGCUUUCUUUUUGCUAAAUUGAGUGUACUGCUGUCAUCGUUUAACUGGCUGGCGAGUGAUUUACUGGCAAAUUAAAAACAGUGCUCGAAU